AUGCAGUUCCGUUUGGCCCUUUCCCUGCUCCCCCUCGCCGUUCAGGCGGCCAACAUUGUCUCCUCCAACGACGAUGGUUGGGCUGAGGUGAACUUGCACACCCUAUACAAUGCCCUGACCAGCUCCGGUCACAGUGUUGUUGUCUCUGCACCAGCUGACAACAAGAGCGGCACUGGUUCCUCUGAUGCUGCCCCGACCACCCGCAACUCGCCUUGCGAGUUCAACUCCUGCCCUGCUGGCAGCCCUGCCGUCGGCUAUGACCAAAACAACCCACGCUUCAACUAUGUCAACUCGUUCCCUGUCACUUCGAUGAGAUAUGGCAUCCAGACUGUUGCCCCCAAGUUCUUUGGUGGUCGUCGCCCUGACCUUGCCGUUGCCGGUCCUAAUGUCGGUGCCAACCUUGGCCGAACCGUCCAGAUCUCCGGUACCGUGGGUGCUGCCACCGAGGCUGCCCUCGAGGGUAUUCCUGCCAUCGCUUUCUCUGGUAGCGUCGGCAGUAUGACUGCCUACUGGGACUACACUCCCAACUACAGCGCCGUCUAUGCUACUCUCGCAACUCAGGUCACCAACGCCCUGCUCCGUGGAUCCGGCCCAGUCCUGCCCUCCGGUGUCUUCCUUAACGUCAACUUCGGCGCCGUUUCCGACUAUGAUUGCACCAGCGCCGACGACUUUAGCUUUAUCCUCACUCGCAUCCUGCCUACCUCUGGAAACCCGGACGUAAACAUCUGCGGCAACGGCGGUGUCCUGCCCACUGAGUCGGAUAUCGUGAAGAGUGAUGGAUGCUAUGUUAGCAUCUCAGUCGCUACCGCCAGGGGUAAGAGAGACGCUGACUCCUCCGCCCAGGAGUUUGUGUUGAACAAGCUGAGCUCUAUCUUGAGCUGCUAA